GAGAGCUUCCCUGCUCAAGACAAAGUUUAAGGAAAAAAAUUUAUACAAAUAAAAAAGUAAAAGAUGAAGUUUCUUCUUGUUUGCUUAGCACUUGUUGCAUGCACUUAUGCCGAUGUUUCGGAAUUGAAGGGCCCUGAUGGCUAUCAUUACGAUGCCCCAUCAGUCCCAUUCGACUAUUUGCCCCCUACUGAAGAUGAUUUCGAUUCUGCUCCCGCUCCAGCCCCUGCUCCAGCUCCAGCUCCAGUUCGUUCAGCUCCUCCUCCAAAACCAGCUGCUCCUGCUCCUCGUCCUCCUCCACCUCCUCCACCACCAGCUGCUCCUGAAAACGAAUAUUUACCCCCUGUUGAAGAUGCCCCAGCUCCUCCCCCACCCCCACCCCCAGCUCCUCGCCCACCACCACCAAAGCCAGCUGCCCCUGCUCCAGCUCCAGUUCGCUCUGCUCCUCCUCCACCUCCUCCACCAAAACCAGCGCCUCCAGCCCCUGCUCCAGCUCCAGCCAAGCCUGAUGCUGAAUACUUGCCCCCUGUUGAAGCCCCAGCCCCAAAACCAGCUGCUCCUGCUCCUCGUCCUCCUCCAGCUGCCCCAGCCCGCAAAGCUGCUCCACCACCACCCCCUCCUCCACCAGCUCCAGUUGCUGCUCCCGAUAACGAAUAUAUCCCUCCUCACAAGGAUGAUGAAGGAUAUCAUUAUGAUGUCCCAUCCAACGGUCUCGUCUAUUAAGCAAAUCAGUGAUUAUUUUCGGAUAUUUUUAAGCAAAAUGUCGUUUUAAGGUGUAAAUAUACGGAUUAAAAUUCCAAAACAUCCGCAGGAAUGUAUUAGUUCUUAUCUUAUACACAUGCACACACACAAGUACCUUAUAUUAGAAAUUUUUUGAUAUUUUCGAGUUUCCUGUAUUUUUUUUAUAAAUAUUUUUGUCAAAAACAUGAAAAAUAAAA